UAAAAAAAAAAGUUUCGAUGGGGCCCUGGGAAAAAGUGUUUGGUGAGGAAAUGGCUGAGUAGCCUAGCUAUAUUCUAGCUAUAUUAAAUCGACUAUAACCGAUUUCCAAACAAGAGGAGGGCAAUUCAUGAGUCAGGAGAGAAGGUAUGUGAGAUUGCUCUGUUGGCGUUCAAGCACAAUGGAUGCGCGUGAUGAUGCUCUCUAGAUGUUAUCAGUGGGAUGGAGCGGUGAUGUUACACUGGGUAGCAAUUAGCAAGUCUCUUUCUCCUACAAAGAGACAUGGGACUGAACCGAGAGGGCAUCUCCAGGGAGGCCUGAAACCUCUCCCCACAGACCUACCUACUGCUGCUGAAGACCACCACCUUCCAACACCAAUGACCUUCUCCAGAACCGUUGACUGUUGCGCCUCAGACCUUGUAAUGGAAAAUCGUGUUGAUGAAGUUGACCACCUGCACAACACGACGGAGGGAGAUGGGGACAGCACCCCUCUCCCAUGCAAGGGCAAGGGCAAGUUCUCUACCCUUGGCAAGAUCUUCAAACCAUGGAAGUGGAGGAAGAAGAAAAGCAGCGAGAAGUUUACGGAAACUUCAGAAGUUCUGGAGAGAAAGAUGUCGAUGAGGCGACCGAGGCAGGAGCUUAUAGAACAGGGAGUGCUGAAGGAGUUCUCAGAGAACGAAGGGGACGAUCCUCACAGCCCCAAACAGUCCUAUGUGAAGAAUGGCCACACCCUGCCCGUGGGUGGUGGUGGUGGUGGAGGGGGCAGAGGGCAGGAAAACCAGACAAGACCCCCCUCAGACCUUGGGAUGAACCCCUCAGACUUUAAGAUUAACCCAGCCUGGCUGCCCCAGAUAGAGGACCGCAGGGUCCGAUUCCCCCCUGACAUAGACCGCCAGGGUGGCCCCAGAGGCUCUGGACAGCAGGAGGAGGGCCGGCGAGGAGGUGGAGGGUCCCAGGGGGAGGGGGAAUGGAAGUCUAACAUGGCCUGGCAGGGCCAGGCGAUGGUGCAGGGGAUGGGACAGGAGGAGGGUAGACGCGGGGGCAGACUCCACCCUUCUGACGGAGACAAGCGGCCGGGCCUGCAGAAGGCGCCAUCAGAGGACGGUAGGAGUCGCCGCCCUGCUGAGACCGCAUGGAAACCUACCCUCCCCCGGCACGCGUCCGCAGAGGAGGGAAGGGCCCGUAGAGAAUCAGAGAGCCAUUUUGUUCCUGACCCAGAUUUGCUGCGGGACACUCUCCGAGAGUCUCUGUCCCCCAAACAGUCCGUUAUGCCCCCCAAGUGGCUGAUGAGCUCCACCCCCGAGCCCGGCAGCGAAGGGUCACCCUCAUCCCACACCCCAUCCAACCACCCUGCAACCACGUACUCUUCCUCCUCUUCUUCCUCUGCAGUUGCAAUGCCUGCCCGAACUGUCUCCUCUGCAGGCGCCAACCCCCAAUCUUCAGCAGUAGUGUCCUUCCCUCCAUCCCCCACCCCCCAGGCGACCAAGCAGCCUCCCCUCCCCCUGCCCAAGCCCGUCAACAGGGGCGUUAAUGCUGCCAUGUUGGGCAACCUCACCCAGGCCGGUACCAGACUGGUGCCAACUAAGCCCUCGCCACCGAUGCCCCCCAAGAGGACCACCCCUGUCACAAAGCGCAACCCGGAGGACCCGUCUGCGUCCACCCAGUCUGUCUCCACCCCCUCCCCUUCCCUGCUUUCUCCUGAGGACCAUCAUAACCACUCAGCAGGCUUCCAGAUGCCUCCCCCGUCCCCGCCCUUACCCAACCACAUCCCCCCUUCUCCCCCCCGCCAGCAUCUGCAAGCGCACUACCUCCACCACCAGCACUCCUACCAACAUCCCAUCCCCCAGCCCUUGCUCUUUGACCCCAGCCCCACCAGUGAGCCCCCCCAGCGGCCGGCCCCCGUCCCCCUACACAUCAUGAUCCAGAGGGCCCUGUCCAGCCCCGGCCCGGCUCAGCCACAUCCCGACGGCUCCCAGCGCUCAGCUCACUCCCUGCUCUUCGAGACACCGCCUGAGUACCAGGGGGACCGCAGCCGGCCCCUAGCCAUCAGCAUCCAGCCUCUGAAACUGGCUGAGGAUGACUACUCGGAGGAGGAGGAGGAGGAGGAGGAUGAUGAUGAAGAAGAGGAGGAGGAGGAGGAGUAUGAUGGGGAGCUCCCCCAGCCAGAGCUGGAGCCACGGAGCAGGAGGUGCAUGGUGGGAGAGCCCAGCAUCAAUGUCAUCCCUGAGGGACCCAACAGCAGUGAGGAGGAGGAGGAGGAAGAACAGCAGGACUUGCAAAGGGACGACAGCGACUCGGACGGGCCAGUGCUCUAUAAAGAUGAAGAUUCAGACGAGGAUGAGGAGGAUGAGCCUCCACCCAGUGCUUUGGCCAGCAGGGUCAGAAGGAAAGACACUUUAGCUUUGAAACUGAGUAACCGACACGCCCCAGAGAAACAUGCUCGAGAGGACAAGUCCAGCGGUCACACCGAACGAUGCACUCCGGGACACACACCAGGACACACACACCAAGGGUCAACAGGGCUGACGUGGCAGAGCAGGGAGCAAUGGGAGGCCAUACGCACACAAAUAGGCUCUGCACUCACAAGGCGUCUCAGCCAGAGACCCAGUGCAGAGGAGCUGGAGCAGAGAAACAUCCUUCAACCCAAGAACCAGGUAGACAGGCAGGCAGAGGUCCGAGAGAUCAAACGUAGGCUCACCAGGAAGCUGAGUCAGAGGCCCACGGUUGCUGAGCUUCAGGCCAGAAAGAUCUUGCGCUUCCACGAGUAUGUGGAGGUCACCACAGCCAAUGAUUACGAUCGGCGAGCGGACAAGCCCUGGACCAAGCUAACACCCGCCGACAAGGCUGCCAUUCGGAAGGAGCUCAAUGACUUUAAGAGCUCUGAAAUGGAGGUUCAUGAAGACAGUAGGAUCUAUACCAGGUUCCACCGCCCUUAGCAUCCACCCCAUACUGGAAAGCACUUUCUUAACCAGUGGCUGGCGGAGUCUCUGGAGAGGAGUCGUAGGGUCUUGGUGCUCCCUAAACAGACUGCCCUUUUAUGUUGCUGAAUGUAAGGUACAGAUCAUCAAGGAAGGCCCUAGAAUUGACUGAACUGAAAACAGGGGGACUGAGGACCAGAUACAGUAUUUCUCCCGGACAUUAGGGGGAACCAAGUGCCAACAAAGUGGAGAGCUGGCAGAGGGGCUUGACCGAGAGGACUGACUGGGAGCCACUGCCAAUGUGUGUUAUCCCUCAGGGACUUGGUUCCACUGACAACGACCUUUUGCCUUUUUUCUGCUUUUACUCUGUAUGGCACAGUUAACCCAUGUUGCAGAGAUGUAAAUGUAAUAACAUUACAGUAAUAAUAGUCCUAAUAAUGACAGCUACAAUAAUAAACACAGUGAUAAUACAUGUUAGAGAGGAAGCUGCAGAAAGAGGAUGAGGAGGAAGACGACUGUGGGAUUUGCCGUUCCCCAAGACUGGAAAAGCUCUGGGAUAAUUGUGUAUAGAUUUCUGUGAUUUGUUAGACUGAAACUUUGGAGUUCUAAUAAUGACAACUGUAAUGCAUAAUAUUUUGAUCACAACAUAAAUUACUGCUUUUAUUUUAACCUGUUUUGUAGUGUGCAUUUUUACAUUUUAGUUACUUAGCAGACGCUCUUAUCCAGAGCGACUUACAAGAGCAAUUAGGGUUACGUGCCUUGCUUGAGGGCACAUCAGCAGAUUUUUUUCCCCCGCCUAGUCGACUUGGGGAUUCGCACCAGCUAACUUUUGGUUACUGGCCUAAUGUUCUUAACCGCUAGCCUGCCCUGCCUGUAUUUGUAUAUUUGGCUGUAACAUUGGGGUGAGCAUUUGAGCUGAUACUAGUCAUAGGAAAGAACACAAUGAGGAGGUAGUUGGUGUGCUAUUCUUUUUAUUUGUUUCGUUCUUUUUUUGCCAGACACUGAUCCCCAUGCUGACAGUAGAAUGCUGUUUUUUCAUGUCGCAGAUUUCUUCAAUUUGCUGCAUGAGCCAACACACAGUGCAAUUAUUGAAUCAAUACAUGAUUCUUUUUUUAUUUACGCUUUUUUAUUUGAUUUUUUUUUGUACUUCUCUACAUAGGUCAAACCAUGCAAUGCUGCAAAUAAUAGCUGUUUAAAAAUGCUAAGAUCAUGAUGGCAUCUUAAAUUAAAUAAAAGUUGAAAUGUUACACAUCUUUAGAGAAUGUAUCAAAGUGCAGUUAGCGUAGAUCAGGAUUUGAUUAAUCAAACAUGAAAAAACAAAUUAGUGCAUUUUACGGUUGACGGGGAAUCAUUUUGUCAGGAAAAUGCUUUUUUAUCUGGAGAAAUGUAUCAUGCCUCUUCUGGUCAGUAGAUUACAGGGUCCUUUGCUGUACAGAUGCAUUUAGGUUACUGUUGUGUAUCUUUUUCUUCCUUAUUAUUUGAAAAUAAAUGUUAAAUAUAGUAAAGUAUUAUAUGUUGCUAUUUUUCUAAGAACAAAAUAUUACUAUAUAAUUAAACACUACAACAAUGGGAA